AUGGAAGCAGUUAGUAUAGCCGGUGGUGUAGAACGGCGAUGUCAGUCCGAUCUGGCUAAAUGCAUCUGGCUACUCACUCUGGAUGAUGCGCCUUUACCUUCUCCCUCCCAAUCGUCUUUCUCUUCUACCGCCGUUCCCAAUUCCUCUACUAUGACACCUGCUAGUGCCGGAGGUUCCAGCACAGGUUCCACUUGUUCAGCUCCAGCAGGCUUGUCCGGUACUUCCAGCUCAAGUUCUUGUGCUAAUUUGGUCCCUGGAGGCUCUGGAUCGGACUCUUGCCCAUUGACAUCAACCACAACUUCUACAUCUACCAGUGCAGUAGCCCAGCAGCGAUUAGCUCGCACUUUUGAAGAACGCGUCAGCAGAAUUCGGCCUGAGGUAUUGCUACCUUGGCUGCCUAGUCUAGUGAUAUGCCUGCUUCGGCCAGAAGGCCGUUUCGUAUGCUCCGCCCUUCGAAGCCUAAUCGCUGCUUAUCCAACUGCUGUUUACCAGGCCCUUCGAGGCCUCCAGCAUCAGUUAGCGACUGAGGUAUGCCAAGACGAGACAGUCGCGCAAUAUCUAAUUGCCACUGCCACAACCGCUAGUGACACUGGCUUUAAUGGUAGUAGUCCCAAUACGGCAUCUGAAGACACCGAUCGUGCGGCAAACGCGGAUAGAUCAGAUCCCUUAGCCGCUUCGAAGACAGGACACAUUCCGGUAUCUACUUCAGGAACUGCGGUACCAACGGACUGUCUGCGUCAGCUGCGUCGUCGUGAAAGGCGUCUUCGUGCUGCUCUUUUACGUCCGGAAACAAGAAGCGCCUAUUCUAGCCUCAUAUCUGAUGACUGGCUAGCCUGUUUGGAAGCCGACAGAUCUCUUGUUCGUUGUCCCGGUUUGGACAAUUCUAUCUUUUCCUUUAUCAAUGGGUCUUUGAUUUGCAAUGACAACCGACAAUCGCCUACCGGCGAUCCUAUUAUUUGUUUACUUCACUCCUCCUCUGGCAGUGUAAAUGAAGGAAACACAGGUUUUGGUGUGCAGUCCCUUAAUCCCGAAGGCACUGGUUCCCUCGAUGUAGCCUCUUCCUCCUCUUCCUCUUCUUCUACCUGCUCUUCGGGCUCUGCUUUAGCCGCCUCUUUAGGGGGCUCUUCUGGACAAGCAGGUACUGUCUCAGGUCUGGCUGCUAAGCGACAGAAGAAAAAGGUUGUCGUGGUCAUGCGCGGUGUUGAGGGCGACCGCACCUCUAACUCUGCAUCUGCACUUGGUCAUGGUCACCCAGGUCAAUUGGGAAGUGGUGUCAGUAGCAUUGGCAGCAGCGGGGCAGGUAAUAUGGGCUCGAAUGAUGGGUUGCUCUCAUGCCUUGAUAUGUCAUCUGCCGAGGCAGGAAAAGGAUUGCUCCUUGGGCCUUCGUCUCUCGCAACUUCCAUCACCGGUAGUCCACUCAACCAGGAACUAGCUAUCCAAGACAGCUGCAUAGGCGGAGAUGAGGAUGAUGAUGAAGAAGUGGCCACUAACAUCGCUAUUGCUGGUGCCGCCACUCUGGUAGGCUGUGAUGAGACAAUCGAAAGCCUUGGUGAUGCUGACGUCGAAGCCUCAGUCUCGGGCAAGCUUCAGACAGAUGAAGAAACUACAAACUCAGUUUCUUUGGCUUCAGUCUCGUCCUCCUCUUCUACAGCUCCUGUGGCUCGAGCUGCACUGAAUCCUUCGGUAUCUUCCACGACCUCGUUUGUAGCUGCACCACCUGUCCGAACUACUGGAUACCUGCCUGUCUAUGUUAACGACUGGCUACAUAGGAUCAAUGUCCUCAUUUCUCAGCUUCGCUAA